AUGAUAAUAUCCAAGCAGUUGAUAAGUGCCUCGUUACUGUUUUUUUUAGUAUUUUUAGUACUGCUCACAAAUGGGCAACAAUUCUUGAAUUCCAUUGACUUUAUGAAUGCGCAAUUUGUCAAUAUCACUGAACGCCUUCAAAUUUCCCAAAAUGACCAGCAUUUCCGACAAAAACGUGGUGGUUCAACAGUCAUCUAUGAAAAUGAUAAGUGGCCAAGAGGACGAAUUCCAUACAUCCUUGCAGCUUUUUCUCAACGUGCUAUUAUUGCCCGUGCAAUAACAGCCUACACAACACGCACAUGCAUACGUUUCACACCAAAGCAGUCAUUUGAUAUGGAUUAUAUUAUUAUUGCGAAAAUUGAUGGGUGUUUCGCUGAUUUUGCUCACGUUGGAGGUCCACAACAAGUGUCAUUAGCAGACGAAUGUUUGAGUUACGCCACAGUAAUACAUGAACUGAUGCACGUGAUAGGCUUCAUUCAUGAACAUCAACGUGAUGACCGUGAUUACUUUGUCAACAUAUUAUGGCAAAAUGUUGUACCUGGUGCUCACGCCGACUUUGAGAAGCUGAAUUCAGCAAGAUUAUCAUAUUACGGUGAAACUUACGAUUACUUCUCCAUCAUGCACUACGACUCAACAGAAGGUAGUCGGAAUGGACAAAAUACACUUGAAGCUAAAAUUCAUGGAAUUACACCUCUCAUGGGGAAAAGUACUGACCUAUCAUUAAGUGAUAUUAAGAGAAUUAAUCGUGCUUAUAACUGCUAUAACUUCUUGACAUAUGUUUAA